AUGGUUGGGUUGGGGGUUCAGGACCGCCGAGCCGAGAUGGUGACGGGUGAUAUGGUACAGAUCAGGGAUUUACACGAUGUCCCCACACCGACCCUUCCAUCCCACUCCAGUCCCACUCCAAUCAAUCUUUUCGCUACUUCUCUUCUACUAGUACACUAACUGCAUCCUCUAACCCCCUGUUCCCAACGAGUAGCAAAAGUGGAGUUCGUUUCUUUGGGUAUAUGAUGCGUUAAAACUUCCGGAAUCACAUCUUCCGAGUAUCAACAACCCAAUGAAGGCGUCUGCCUUUGAU